AUGGUAGAAUACCUGGAUGACCCGAAGGUCCUGCAAUCCCUGUUCCAGAUGAUGGAUUUCGAAAAGAUCCACGAGGCGGAAAUAGUUUGCAAAUCCUGGAGAGAUUUAAUCACACGACGUCGCGAUUGUUUCGCGUAAGCCCUUUUUUGAAAUCGAUUUCGUGAGCUUGGUGAGAGAAAGCCUAUUUACUCGGACCUCGGUAACAAAAACAGGAAGUGCUCUAGACGUUUCUGGGUUAUUCUAGUGGUCACUUAAGAGUGCUGCUCGGACCUUCUCUUUAUGCGAAAAGGGUCAUUUAUAGUGACCCUUCUAUUAGCGUCAGCACUUUUAAGUGAUCCCUCACAGCAUUCCUAAUGGGGUGAGGGAAGUUGAGCGAGGCGUCAAAGUUUCUGAAUUUAAAAAAAAAUUUAGUGCGCGCUACGGAUAAAAUCCACUGAGUAUCAAACGUUAAUAACUUGUUUUUUUCGAUCGAAGUACAUUUAGCCUCUGAAAAUCUUCGCAACCGAGCAUAUUUGCCCGAUUACCGAGAAAAAAAAAAGCUUUUGUUGCUUUUUUUUUCUGUCUCAAAAAAACCAAAGGCUUUAGAGCCCGUUCACGGCUGGCUUGGGACAGCGAACGGGCGGUUCAACUUGCGCGGCGAUGGUGGCCUUACAUGCGCCUUUAAUAAGAGCCUUAUUUGGUGAAUUAUUUCUGUUUCUAAUGAAAUUAUUUUUUGUUUACAUUAAUCUCAUUGUCUUUAGAUUUUCUUAAAACUGACGAAUUAUGAGAGAAAAACGAAUAAGUCAUAAAAUGGGACUUUUAUGGAAGGCGCAUGGAUAGUCGCCAUGAUCUACCUUCGCCGCGAAAAUUGAACCGUCCGCUCGCUGUCCCAAGUCAGCCGUGAACGGGUUAUAUUCGAUUCACGGUUAGUUGGCUCGAGCCAGCCGUGAUUCAGCUACAAUACUUUAAUUUAAACCCUAUAUUUCUUUUUAUCAACUUUUCAUUCUUUGGUUGAAAAAGUUUAAUAAAUUUUUCAAAACCAGAAAAAUGUAAUUUUAUCUUUUCGAAUCAGUAUAACAGCUCUAAGAGCUUUGUUCAUUUUCGAAUUUUCAACCGGAAUAUUUCUCUCAGCAUGAGAUUUUCCAUUUUCAGACGAAAAAAAGCCACCAAAGCCACAUUGGACUUUGGUCUCUACACCGACGAGUGUCAUUUCGUUUUCGAAGACGAGGAAGAGGUUUUUUUUCUCUCAAAUAUAUAGUCAGAGGUUUUCCAGCCGUGCAAGACCACUCUGAUUGACGGCGGUUUUGUGAAACGAGUCAAAUGGAUCGGGCCUGAAGAGUUGAACGUCCACAGUAUCAUGCAGUUCGAUCUUGUCAAAGAAUUCAAUUGCAUUCCACAAGCCUGGUACACGGAUGUCAGAAAAGUUCGUUUUUUUUUUUUGAGAGAAAAGUUAGGGACAAAAUAAACCGAAUAAAUAUCACAAAUCAGGCGUUGAGCUUUUUGUAGAUCUCAAAAAAAAGCUACAGGAUGAAAAUGUUCAACGGACUUGAAAGGUGAGAUUGGCAAGAAUGAGAAAACAUUUGGAGAGAAAUUAUUUUUUUUUUAUCAUUUUUAUGCUUUUGUUCGUGUGAAUCUUGUCAGCCUCAUUAAAAAUCAAAUUUCCCGCCAAAAACCGCGUCGCAGCGACGCUUCCCCUUUGCCAAUCAUCCUUCAUUGUUCAAAGAUCAACUUUUCAGCUAAACAUCCAGUGUUGCGGAAAAGCCCUCCGCGUCGAGCUCCUAUACUUCCUUCCGCGUUUCAAGAACUUGAAGAGCAUAACUGUGAAGGGCUAUUUUCGGGAGUUUUUUUUUCGAGACAUGCUCAAAAGAUUGAAGACCGUUCAAUGUCUUUCGUGAGUUUGAACCGAUAUUUUCAAUUAACAACCCAAAAACGCCUCAGGAAUCAUGUUUUCCGGUUGUGGAUACUUUGAAAGAAGGCCAAAAUUCCUCAUAUUUCGGAAUUUAGAAGCUUAAACUGAGAGGCCAGACACGAUUUCCCUUGAAAAUUUGCCGUCUCAGCAGUUUUAUUUCCUUCUACCUUUAAUAAUAAACCCAUAAAGAAACUUAUUCAUCAUUUUCAGUUUGAACAUGGAUGCAUCCGCACAUCCAUUGAAGCUUUUGGACAUUCACGAUCGGAAAAUUCGCGCGAUCUUGAAAAAUCAACCAGUAUAUGAGCGUCAAGUCGCAUACCAAGUCCGUUGGGAUUAUAAGCAACGGCGCCGGGCUUUCCUCGCAGCCAAAAGACGGGCAAAAAACGGGCAGAAUGAGCCCGAAGUCGCCAAAAAACCUGCGAAUCAAGCAGAGGCGGAAUUCGGAAAAGACUGCGAGGUAGAUUUUUUGUUUUUUUUUCCCAUCUGAAGACCAAAAAAAUUAUUUUGAAAGAGCGUUCAAGAGAUUGUUAGGCAACCUUAUUUGCGAUAAAAAGUUUUUUUACUUGGAAAUUUUUGAGAAACUUUUUCCAGCCAUUUUUAUUAGCUCUGAUGAAAUUUCAGUUAUAUCCUAUUGCCCUUUGUGCUCAAAACAAUACGCACUCAAAUUAAACUAGAAAAGCUUGAAAUCUGUUUACAAUUUCUUUAAAUUGUUAACUAAAAAUAGUAAGAACUCAAAAUUUAAUGAUAUGAAGCAGAAAACUUUGAAAAUUACAGAAAAAAAGCCUCUAAAAAUCUUCUGAGUGAGCUUUUCUUCAUUAAAAAGCCUUAUUUUUCAGCCUGCGCGUCUGAAGAUGCGGCAACCGUUCCGUAAAGUAGAGAACAUGGUAGCUGACGACAAAGAUUUGGAGAAUUUGAUCGCCAAGUCCGACAAACUCGAACGAUUCGAACUCUUCCAAACGGACAACACCUACUCCGCCGCCAUGUUCAUCCGCUUCUUGCAGGUUUUGUUUUGAAGUUAACAAAGAGAACAGUUAAAUGAAAAUAAUAAAGUUAGAGUUUUAAAUAAAGUACUUACCUUCGAAAACAAACUCUUACUAGAAGAAGAUAUAGUCAAUGUUUCCCGACUUGAAAGGCGAGGUGUGUUUGCGGUCCUUGGCACAUGUUCAAUUCAACCGCCAUCGACCCUUUGAAAAGCCCUUUUUUUUGCUCGUUUCAUUCCUUUUUCAAUUAUUUAUUGAUUAUGUUCAUGUGUGCAUCAAAAAGUAGUAGAAAACAUUGAAAAAGAGCGGUUGCCGAGCUUUUUAAAUAGUCGGCGGCAAUUGAAUUGAACUCGUGCCAAGAACCGCGAACGCACACGCUACGCGUCCCGCCCCUUGCCCCGCAUCCCUCGCCUUUCAAGUCGGGAAACAUUGACUAUAAUGGAAGUCUCAAAAUGCUAGUUUUUUUCUAAAAUAGAGCUUAAAAAAAUUUUUCAAGGCUAAAAAAAUUAUAAUUUUGAAGCUCUGGGAGCUCUAAAAAAAACGUUUUUGAGGCUGAAAGAUACAAUUUGGAGACUUUACGAUCUCGGUCCAUUUGCAGGAAGCAAGUUUCGCAUCGGAAUGCCAUAUUUUCUGCAAGUUCUGGCCUUCCGAGAAGGCCAAACUCGACUUCUGGAUUCGGUAUCACUGCAGACUCCGCCUGAUGACGGACAUUGAAGAGAAGGGCGCUAGAUACUUUUUCGAGUUGCGAGGAACUGUUUUCCACAUCAUCUUCGAUGAAGAUCGACCACAAGGAGAAGAAAUAUUCAAGCUGAUUGUUGAUUUAUACUAA